GUUGUUUACGACCAUUGUUAUUUCAGAAACAAAAUUUUGGUUAUGUAGAGAGUUUACAACAGUCAAUUGGGAUUUUCAUGGUAACCCAAGAUUCAAGUAUUAAAUUCUACAGUUAAAAAUUAACAGUGAAACACGAAUCACGUAGUACUCAACCGACAUUUACAAUCUCUGAAUGAUGGACUCGGUGCAUAGUUUAGAACAGGAACAGGAAUGGGAGGAAGGUAAGGUAUUGAUCCGAAGGCUAGCACAGACCGACGGUACGUUGAUAUCACCCAUCGACCUCACCUUAGACAUAACGACGCCGCUCUCGCUGGAGAAGCUCCGGUGGUUGAACUUUGACCUCGAGCCGACCAAGUUGAAAGUGACGAACACCGGGGAGACGGCGAUAGUGAGCGGGAAGUGGAAUCAGAUACGGCCUUACCUGAACCGAGGACCUCUGGACGCGAACUACGUAUUUUCGCAGUUGCACUUCCACUGGGGUAAGGACGAGCACGAGGGCAGCGAGCACACUGCGGGCGGCAUCAAAUAUCCUUUAGAGAUGCACGUGGUCUUCUACAAGACAGGGUACCUCACUCAACCAGCGGCGCUCAAAUACGAUGACGGCAUCGUCACAGUGGUAUACCUCAUCAAAUUACAAGACAAGUCGACACCCGGUCUCCAACUGCUGACGGCACAUCUGGACAAGGUGACGGAGCCUUACACCUCCGUUCUCCUGCCGUUGGUCCCCUUGUCCUGCCUGCUCGUGCCGUUCACCAAGGACUACUUCCUGUACUGGGGCUCCCUCGCGACCAGCCGGUGCUCCCACAAAGUCCUCUGGUUCGUGUCGAGGGCGGCACUCGGCAUCACUACGGAAGACCUCGAUAAAUUCAGGUCCAUGUUGAACUCAGGAAGAGAAAAGCUGAAUAGGAACUUUAGAAUCACGAACGAAGCCCAGGGCAGGACAGUUUUUCAUGUCAGUCCUUCCGUGGAUAGGAAACACCUCUUGCACCAGGGGACUGUGGAACCGCCCGGGAAAACUAUAAUCACGUUCGUCAAUUACAGUCAAAUCCCUAAUUUGGACUCGGUGGUGGCCGAAAGGGUGUUCAGCAAGGGUGACUGCAUCGGGGAUACCUCGAGUAAAAUGUCCAAGAGCAACCAAAAUUUAAGUAAUAAAUCUGAAAAAUGUAAACCUUACAUUUUCCCCGACGGUGUAAGUCGGAGGUGUAGUAUACAGUUUCUCACCGCGAAUUCGACGGACACUUCCAAAAGAAGGAGACGAAGCUCGUCCGCGGUAUCGAGCUCAGUCAAGUCCAGCGAUUCCAACUCAUCGAGAUAUUCCCCGAACUGGGCAAUAGCCGAAGAGAUGCGUCGUUCGAAAUCACAAAAGAGGAGUGAAGCCGCUUCCAGGAAGGUUCUUGAAACGGAAAGAAAACUGGAACAACAGAAGUUGAAGCUCGAGUUGCUCAAAAAGCAAGAAGAGGCGUUAACGCAAGAAUGUAGAACGCUUGAGCUGGCAGCCGAAACUAACAGGGGUUAUAAGUCCCCUAGAGGUAACCAGCCUUAUACAAUAAGAAAACGGACAGAGAGAGUUGGAUAUGUCGAAAUGCCGACCAUCCCCCCAGAAAAAGUGGGGUCGAGGACAUCAUACGUACCACAUUUUGCGUACAGAGAUAAAAACAACGGAUUGGUUGAGAAAGAAGAAGCAGAACUAACGGAAAAGAAUUUGCUUCAUGGAGAAAAUAUUACGGACAAUUGUUCGACGGCUGAAAAAUUCAACAAGCUUAUCAUGGUUGUCGAGAGGGGUUUAGAUGGCGAUGCGCAGAACGGUAAGGGCAUAAAUAUGAAGCCUGCUUUAAAAUCUAGACUUCCUGUUCCGGUUUCUACAAACACCGUCAGGAAAUUGGAUCAACCAUCUCUGGAGGAUUAUUACUCAAACUUAGCACAGCCUCGUGCAUGUGAUUUGAAACCCAAGACUGAGUUGAUAAAAAGACAGCGCAUGGAAACUUUUCGGACCAUGAAGAAACCUUUAUCCCAGAGACCAAACCAAGGAGUGCUUGGAAAAACGACACCACGACUGGUAACGACAAUACCGAAGCCGUUAACAAUGUAUUCUGGAAAACCCUGCGAAAAGGUAACCAAGCCAUACAAUAUGGAAGAAGUGCCAGUUGAACCGUUGCCGAUUCCGAAAACUUCUUCUAAAAUGCUUUGUGAACUGUGUUUCUGUUAAAUUCUCAAUAAGUCACAUUGUGGUAGACAUAACAUACAUGUAAGUAAAACAAAUAAUAUUCAUAUAAUUGUAUUAUAUUAAAUUAAAUCUGCUAUAUUUCAUCAAA